CAUCUCCACAUCAACUAAUUAAGCUACAUACCAUACCUACCUACCUACCUAACCUCACGGAAACGUUCACACCUUAAAGAAAAAAAAGAAGAAAAAAUUUGAGUCUUCUUAUAUUAGGUACUAUUCAGUCAAACACGAAUAUCAAUGAAUUCGCGAAUUUGUAACCAUUGCCGCAAGGCAUUAUACCAAUCCCUACAAAAUCACCAACUACGUACACUAUCCUCAACCACCACCCGCCAAAUUUCUUCCUCUUCCGAGUCCCUAGCAGCUCUCCUCUCAAAGCCAACCUGGUCUGUCAGGUCCCUUCUCCCAGAGCCAUCCUCGAACUCCCUAGUAGAUACCGAAGCCGAAAUAACCCCCCAGACCCUACAUCAUCUCCUGCGUCUAUCCGCUCUCCCCCCACCCUCCUCUCCUUCAGAAGAAGCGCUUAUGCUCUCAACACUCACCUCGCAACUGCACUUCGUCCGCGCGGUCCGCUCUGUCGACACAGCUGGCAUCGAACCUCUGCGCGCGAUACGCGACGAAACUAGUCUCGGCCAGCGAGAGCAAACCAUCGGGUUAGAGCAACUAAAGGACGCCCUUGCGAACGAAAACGUAGUAGGCCAUGCCCGACGCCCGCGGCGACGACAGCAGCGGCAGGGAAGCAGUGAUGUCACAAAUCCAGAGGCCGAAGCAUGGGACGUGCUCGCUGGAGUCGGCGAGACUGCGGGGCGGUAUUUCGUAGUCCGGACGGGAUCGACCGCUGGUCCGGCACACAUAGAUGCAAGACAAGAAGAGAAGACGAAAGAGGCCCAGUAAUAAUCAUAACGUAAAAUGACUAUCAACUGCGACUUGUG